AUGGAGGAUGGUCACCAUGAUGCAGACAACCGUCUUCAGCAGAUUGAACAAGCUGAACAAGAAGCGGUAGGAGACACAUCCGAUGCUGAAGGCUCUGAACUUACAGAUAUCGAGACGGAGAAUGAGCGCCCGAAGAAGAAGCCGAAGAAGCAGUCCACCAGAAAAGCCAUAGAUGCCGCUCGCAAACAGAAUGCGAAGGAGACUAACAAGUGGAUGAAAGAGCCUGUUGUUGUUGAGUCAUCUGAGGAUGAGGGUACAGUCAAGAGAGAAGACGCCCGAGCGCAUGCUGGGAAGGCUGGUAGCUAUAAGGAAGCCAAAGCGCCUGCACAAAGGGAUAAGAAGGAUGCCGGCAACCUCUCCGGAAUGAUCAAGAACUGGGCAACAAAUGUACCCACUUGGAAUCUUCCUUUUAAGGCUCAUCCAUCAUCCACUUCUGGCACUUCACAGUCCCUUGCUGCCUCAUCCAAAACAGCCAGGACUCAGACGUCCAAUUCCACCAAGGUGUCGCAGACUGUCAAAAAGUUAGAAUCAAAAUCGGACAAGAUUAACUUCAUUGAAAUUGAAGUUGGCGGUGGGAUCUCCAGUGAUGACGACAAUGAACUUGAAUGA